GAGACUUUGAAUUUUGGCGGGAAAGUGAGCUGGUUGUUUUGGUUUGUUUAGAUCCGCCUGAGGCACCAGGAAAGUUCUGCCAGACAUGACGACACGACAGUUCUUCACCAGUGGUGACAGUGAGGCCUGGACCAAGUGUCACGGUCUGUACAGCAAAGUAUUGCAGCUCAAGGUCAGCAAGAGUCAGAAGAAGGCAGACUUAAUCAAACUGGACAAAUGGUUCCAGGAGGAGCUUCCCCAGACCCUGAGUGAGAGGACUGACAAACACAUCACUCACGAGGAACUGGCCAAACUCAUGAGAUGGAAACUCAUGAGAGGAAAGUUCCGUCCCCGUCUGCAGCAGCUGGUGGAGAGUAACAAGCCUGAGGUUGUUGAGGAGACCAGCAGGAAGGCCUUCAACAAACUCCCCAACAUCUCUUCUGCCAUCAAUGAACUGUCCAAACUCAAGGCUGUGGGACCAGCCACUGCUACAGCCAUCCUGGCCGCUGCUGCUCCAGAGCUGGUGCCCUUCAUGGCUGAUGAGUCCAUGUUGUCCAUCCCUGGACUGGGACCGGUACAGUACACUCUGCCUUACUUCCUCAAGUACCUGGACCACAUCAAGAAGUGCUGUAAGAGGCUCAACAAGCAAGACCCAGAAGGCAAGUGGACCCCACAUAAAGUGGAGCUGACCCUGUGGACUCAUGCUGUAGCUACAGGACUGGAUCCCAGUGUCCUGGAUUCUACUGUAGCUGAUGCUGCAGACAAUGCUGAACCAAAGAGCAAGAAGAGAAAGUCUAGUGGGGAGGGGGAACAGGUAGCCAAGAGGCCCAAAACUGGACAGGAACAGGAGAAGACUAAUGGAGAAGCCACCAAAGAGCCAGAAGCUGCAUACUUUUAA